GUUGUUGUACUUCCUGCUUCACUUCUCUGCUGCGUAAUUUAGCAUGUGCAGCCCUGACUUCUGCUGCUUUAUUUAAAACUCUCAGUAAUUUCACAUUAUAAUAUUAACAUCUUCGGCAGCAGGAUGAGCACGUUAUGGAUGGGGAACCUGGAGACCUACAUGGAUGAGAAGUUCAUCACCAGAUCUUUCUCCACCAUGGGGGAGCAGGUGGUGAACGUGCGCAUCAUACGCAACAAGAUGACUGGUGUGUCUUCACCCAGGGGGGCUCUGGGGUACUGCUUUGUGGAAAUGACGGAUGAGGCCACGGCUGAGAGGUGUCUCCGCAAAAUCAACGGGAAAGCCUUACCGGGAGCCAAUCCGCCCACAAGAUUCAAGCUAAACCGAGCCACCUUUGGGAAACAGGAGAGUGGUCAGAUGUAUUCUCUGUUUGUUGGAGAUUUGACUCCCGAAGUGGAUGAUGGGAUGCUCUAUGAGUACUUUUACAACCGCUACCCUUCCUGUCGAGGUGGAAAAGUGGUGCUGGACAGCAUGGGCAACUCCAAAGGCUGUGGCUUCGUGCAGUUCCCAGACGAGCGUCUGCAGAAGCGGGCGCUGGACGAGUGUCAGGGCGCGGUGGGCCUGGGCUCCAAGCCUCUGAGACUCAGCCUGGCUGCUAACAAUUUAAGGAACCGGCAGCAGCAGCAGCAUUCAGAGCCACGCUCAGGCUACAGCACAGCGUACAGGAACGGCUACGACCAGUACAGCCAGUACCAGCAGCAGGCCUACCCCGGGUACUACCCCUCCUGGGGGUACGACCCCAACGCAGCAGCAGGGUAUGGCUACAACUACCAGCAGUAUGACUACUCACAGUACACCCCCACCCAGGAGACCGAACCUGUCCCGGACGAUGGUAUUGAAGACCCCAGCCCGGAGCUGGACGUGGUGGAGGCCAACAGGAAGUUCAUGGAGCUGAGUGAGGAGCUGUACGACGCCCUGAUCGAGUGUCACUGGCAGCCUGCAGACGUCUCCACAGAGGAGGACUACACCCCCCCCACCCUGCCGGAGCCCAUCUACUGCUGAACACCCACUCCUAUCUGGACUGUACACCUGCACAGUUUUCUUUCCAGUGACUGCUGAAAUGUGGAUGGAUCUUUGUUUUAAGGACAUUCAACAACAUUUGUGUGUAUCCACAGAUCACAGUGAAUCCAAACGAUGUUAAAGUCUUAUUUCCAACAUUCUCCCACGAUGUUAGCAAAGGAACAAGUCUGGUGACGUAACAGGCAACAUCUUGGAAACUAAAAUGACAUCACUAUAAACCAAAUGUAAAUAUCAGACAUGAGUGGCCUCCUUGAUGUUGCUACACAACAGGUUGACCUCAUACAGGUUUGUGUUGAAGCUGUUAUUUUGGGCCAUAGGUAUAAUACAUGUUCUCUCUAAUGUACCCUUAUUAAAGCUCACAUUUGUAGAACUCUGUUCUUUUAAAUUA